CUUAAUUGAAUUGCAAAGUUAAAAAAAAACAGUAACGAGUUGGACGAUUGAAUUUAUCGCCGACAUUACUUCAACACCUUUAACUACCCUUUGAGGUCAAGUGCCCAGUUAAAUUGUCUAAGUGCCUCACGUAGAACAAAGUGUGAACGAGACGGUGGUCGACAAUCGGAAGUCAAUUAAAUGUAGAUUAAGUGAGACCCCGUGAUUUAACCGCAGUACGUGUAUUAUUCGCAUAUAAACUAGUCAAUAGAAGAAAUUAGAUAAACAAUAAUGAAUCGUAACAAAGAACACAAAUCACGGGAGCCGAACCCAAUAUCAAAGGCAUCGAUUUUCUCAAAAUUAACAUUUUGGUGGUUGAAACCGAUGUUUGCGAUCGGUAUGAAACGUGCAAUCGAAGAAGAUGACAUUUAUGCCGUCACAAACAGCAUGCGAAGUGAUCAAAAUACGGAACAAUUCGCAAAAUUAUGGGAAUUGGAGUUGACGAAAAAGAAUCCAAGCAUAUUACGCGUUAUGCUCAAAAUACAUGGUUUCAAAGUACUUACAUUUGGCCUUUUAUUCUCCAUUGGAGAGACAUUAGCUAGAUUAAUUCAGCCAAUUUGCCUGGGCGGUUUGGUUAGCUAUUUUGCUCGAAAUGACUCAAUGAAAGUUACAGUAAACGAUGCGUAUUGGUAUGCAUCGGGAAUCGUACUGUCGACCGCCUUUAUGAUUGUUACAUUUCAUCCGUUCAUUUUGUACAUAUUUAAAACUUCAUGCAAGGUGCGAGUGGCGUGUAGUGGAUUAAUUUAUCAGAAAGCAUUGCGUCUGAUGAAAUCAUCGGCUGAAGAAGGUCAAAAUGGUAAAAUUAUUAAUUUACUCUCGAGUGAUCUGGCCAAGUUCGACAUCGGCUUGGCGUUUUUACAUGACGUUUGGAAAGGGCCUCUGGAGGCAUUGGUGUUCUUUGUUGUAAUUUACAUGGAAAUUGGUCCCGCCGCCAUUGCUGGUAUGGCGUUUCUGGCCAGUUUUAUCCCACUACAAGCUUGGAUCGGCCGAAGAUCAGCAACGUUACGAAUGAGAAACACCAUACGUACCGAUUUCCGUGUCAAAAUCAUGAACGAAAUUCUGCUUGGGAUUCAAGUCAUUAAAAUGUAUGCAUGGGAGAAAUCCUUCGCCAAAAUGGUCGAUCAAAUUCGAAAGAAGGAAGUGGAUGUUAUUCGAUCGAUUGCCUACAUUCGGGCGACUAUUAAUUCGUUCACGAUGAUAUCAAAAGUGUCAAUAUUUUUGAGCUUGGUCUCGUACGUUUACUUUGACAAUGUGAUAACCGCACGAAAAGUGUUCAUUGUUUCAUCGUAUUUCAAUAUUUUGAACCUAUCCAUGGUUUACUUCUGGCCAGUUGCACUAACGCACACUGCCGAAGCUUUCAUAUCAGUGAAACGUGUUCAGGAGUUUCUGUUACGGCCAGAGUCUAAGCGUGUAGAAAAAGUGUCUAAAAAGUUUAAAAACCACAAGAAUGGAAAUGUAACAAAUGGUGAACUAAAAUCAAAAUCAAAUGAUUUGGCGAUGUUCGAUAAAAAUCAUCACAAAAAUUCUGGUACCAUCACGGAUCAAGAGAAUGGAAUUGCCGCAAUUGCAUAUACGGAAAAGUUAAACGAAUCACCUUGCCGACGUGUUCAAAAUGUCGAUGACCCAGACAAAUGUAUCCGGUUCGCGAAUGCGACGGCGAUGUGGGAGCGAAGUGAAAGCACUAAAAUGAAUGGAAUAUUCGACAUGAGCCUAGAGAUAAAGCCAGGGUUAUGUGCAGUUGUCGGACAAGUUGGUUCGAGCAAAUCGACU